CGGAAUUACGUAGCCGCACAUAACGUCAGUGUAGUGUCGUCCUUGUGUUUUGAGUUUUUGGACAGCGGAAUAAAUGUUUAUUAAUGCUAUAUGGAUUCUGUUAUUUUUCGUAAAUUGUCCUGGUGACAGGAUGCGUCCAUCAACAACGUAAAACAACAUUUACCGCAGCUGCGGUCCUACUUACUCACCAGUCACCAAAGGCACCAAUACUACCCGUCCUCUGGUGCACAAGUUGGGACACAUCUUGGUCACUUUUUAUUUUGUUUAUUUAAAGACUCGUAAGGAUCGAGAAAUUUAAUCGGAUUAUCUACUCACCACAGUUUGGACUUGUAACGAUUGUUGUUUCACAGAGUCUAAGUUUUAUGUGUUGAUUUUUUUUUUUGCUGGAAAAAGCAGUCGUUCUUCAAAGUGUGUAAAAAUGUUUUUUGAGAUUACGGUAACGCCUGAAGCAAAGAAGAUACGAGAACCCAUUAGCCAAAAGACUACAGAAAGUAACAAUUACAGUUUGUUACUAGCGCCUUUUCAACCUUCAACUAAAAUUAAGUUUGAUGCUCGGAUCAACACUUCCGUCGAAUGCAGCUUAACUUUGAAAAAUUCCAAUGAUCGUACACUCACUGUGUCUCUCACGAAACUUCCACCAGAAGAACGAUGUGUAAGUUUUAGUGAGACAAAUUGGACUAUUGAGGGGCGUAGUGACGUUACUUUGAAUAUAUCCUGGAAACCUAAAGAAGCAGGCAGCUGGAGAGAUGUUUUAUAUUUGGUAGACAGACAAAAUAAGUACGAAAUACAUCUCAAUUUAACUUGUACAGAUCCUCGCAAAAAAGCACCUAAACGGGAUGGAAGACCUAUGAGACAACAUAAUCCAUAUGCACGUCCAAACGCUAUUGAUUCAAAGAAACAGAUUAAAUCUAAAAGUACAGUUCGAGCUGAACUCAAGAGAACUAGACCAAUAGUUAAUAAGAUAGCAGAUAAGGAAAAUAUUUCCCAUAAUGUCAACACAAAUUGGAUGUUGGAUCAAGCUCGGUUAAAAAAGCAGAAAACAGAGCUAACACCAAAAGCACCAUUAGAUUUCUCUGAAUUUCUGGACUCAUCUACUUUUAAGUUUACUCCUGUGAAAUCAAAUUUAACAAAUUUUGGAUCUAGUGCAGCGCAAGAAGCUAAUGUAUUCACUCCUAAUCAUGAUUUUACGAAAGUUGGUAAGACUUGGACCAAGGCACAAGAAAUGUUAGACGAUAAAAUUAAAGUUACAAAUAUAAGAAAAGAGACAUAUGUGACAGUACCCAGAUAUUUAAAUUUAGAAGACUUUCAAAAUGAUAAUCGUAAUGGCAAAAGCGAUGAUUCAUUUUCACCUAAAUCAGAAUUUAAAAAACCUCAGUCGGAAAUUUCUAAGCUGUUUGAUGAUAUUAAACUAACUCCUCUUAAACCUUCGAUUACAUUCAAUGACGAAAAAAUAAUUUUUUCGCCAAAUCAUUGUUCUACAGCAACUAAAGUACAUAAGAAAUCGUUGCCGGAAUACGUUCCAAACAUUCAAGUGAACAAAAACAUAACGUUUAAUAUUGAUGAUUGUGAUGGAAACAUUACUUAUCAGUUGCCCACUUCUCCAACUAAAAAUUACCUCAAGCCCACGUGUCUUGCUAAAUCUUUCGGUACUAAUAUGGAUAUCGAAUUUUCAACUCCUCUUCAAAUAAAAAAUUCCAAUAAAAUAAAUGAAACCACGAGAUUAAGUAUUAAUUUUUCAAAAAGCCAAAUUGAUUUUGGUAGUGCCAAGGAUUGUUUGGAAGCAGACUUAUGGGUGAAGUCAAGAAAUGAUUCGCUGUCGCCAGUCAAAAGUUUAAUGCAUUCAACUUUGGAUAGUAUAACAGAAGAGGAUAUUAACGAUAAUGGACAAAAUCACGAACAAUUAAAACCAGAAAAAGCAGUUUUCAUUGAAAUUUCUCCCCCAAAAUGUACAAAGAGAAAAUCGCCAAUGAAAAGAUUAUCUUCUGCAAAGAAAAAUAAACUUUUAAAAGAAAAGAAUAUCUUUGAUGCAGUCAAGUCAAAGAAGAAACUGAUUACUGAAGCCAUUAAAAAAAACAAAAGUAUGGAUAUACCUGGCGUACGGAUAUCGAAGCUUAAUUUAUCAGAGUUACAUGUAGAUAAACAUAAAAAUGUAACAUUCAAAAAGCAGCCAAAAGAAGUUGCCGUGAAGUAUCACAAUCCUAAUGACUUUUUAUCUGUGUUUUGUAAUCCAGACCCAUUUGGUCCUAAUAUGACUAGUGAUCCAUUUCUUGCCAACUCGUGUUACUAUGAUGACAGAUGGGUAUUCAUGCAAGAAGUAGAAUUUAAAAAGUGGUUCAACAUGAUAUUGUCACCUCCUGAGCAAUUAACAACUGACAUUGACUCAGCAAUAAUAGAUAUCGGCAAGGUUUGGCAGUCAUGUAGAGCAAAGGAUGAUGUUGCUUUAGCGGAAACCAAGGAGUCAGUAUCUGCCAGAUACCACACCAACAUGAGAUUGAAUGCUUUGCGCAAGGCUGCAUGCACCAUGUAUCGUAGUGUGGACGUAAUCAAUGUCCUCUCAAAACUUACUAUUGCUCUUGAAAAAGAGAUUCUAACUGUGAGAAUUGACAAAGAUCCACAUCGUGAUAUUGGUUUGCAAAAAAUCAUCCUUGAGUUAUUUAUCAGUUAUAAUCCUCUUUGGUUGAGAAUAGGUCUAGAAACAGUUUACGGAGAAACAAUUCCUCUUCAAUCAAAUAACGACAUGAUAGGUCUUUCGAGAUUUCUUCUAAAUCGAUUUUUCUCUGAUCCUUUCAUCGUCAAGCAACACUCUUCUCAGGCACAUCCUACCAUCAGAUUAAAAUCUUUUCAAGCUGUGAUGAACAAAUUUGUACUCAAGAAAUUUUUGUUCUUAGUUUAUUUCUUGGAUCAUGCCAAAAAGAAUAAACUCAUAGGUCACGAUCCGUGUUUAUUCCACAAAAAAGCACCGUUCAAAGACAGCAGAUCGAUUUUGUUAACUUUUUCUCGGGAACUUCUCAGUGGGAUCGGUGACAUAACAAAAAUCUUGCGUAAUUACAAUUACGUGGUUUCAUAUAAGCAAAAUGUCUUGGACGAGUACGAUUAUGCCGUAAAGACUUUAAGCACAGACUUAAGGGAUGGGGUGAGACUCUGUAGAGUCGUCGAAUUGAUGACUGGACAGAAAAACCUGACAAGCCAGUGCAGAGUACCAGCUAUAUCACGCCUGCAGAAAGUUCACAAUGUCAAGGUUGCCCUUACCACGAUUAAAGAGGCUGGCUACUCUAUUGCGGGAGACAUCGAUGCUAACAGUAUCGCCGAUGGCCACAGAGAAAAAACUUUGUCCCUCCUCUGGCAACUGAUUUACAAGUUUCAAGCCAUUAGGUAUGAAAAGGCUGCAAAAACGAUACAAAGUUGGUGGAAAUCGAAGCUAUGGUAUGUCUACAUGAAGAAAAUGGUGAAGAAAAGGAAGUACGAUGCAGCUUCAGUCAUUCAACGAUCCUGGAAGUGUCUCGUAGCCAAGAGAAAAUUACGCUCACUCAAAGAAGAAUACGUACGCGAAUUGCAAAGGAAAAACAAAGCCGCCAGUAAAAUACAAAUGUAUUGGAGGUUGAAGAAGGAGGCCGAGAAACAGCAAAAGCAGUACCAACGCAUAAAACUGUCCGCGGUGAAGAUUCAAAAGUGGUGGACCAGAAUACGCACGACAGAGCCCUACAUCAAGGAGUUUAGAAAACAGCGUCAACUCGUCGUAAAAUUGCAACGACGCUGGCGUGCCAAGCAGAUCAUGAAGCCCGAGAGAAAUCUUUUUUUCCAACUGAAGUUGAGCGCCAUUAAAAUCCAGAGACGCUGGAGAGCUCGUUGCCUCGGUGAACAGGCGGUCAAAGAUUAUCAGAAAAAAAGAAACGCGAUCAUUUUCGUGCAAAGAAAGUGGCGCGCAACGUUGUUGAUGAAAAAAGAACGCCAAGUUUUCUUGAAAAAACUACGGGCGAUUCGAUGCGUUCAAGAACGGUGGAGGCAAUAUUUGAUUGCAAAGAGGGACCGAAAUAACUUUAUCGCCAUAAAAAACGCCGUCCGAACGAUUGAAAAAGCUUGGAUCGCCAGACACACCGAAACUGAAGAAAGAAAAUGCUUCCUCUUGCAAAAGAGUAGUACCACUGUGAUUCAGAGAUCGUGGAGAAACUAUCGAGCCACCAAAGAAGAUGUUUUAAGUUAUAAAAGUAAGAAACAGGCCUGCAUUAAAAUACAAUCUUGGUGGCGAUGCGUUUCAGCAUCAAAGGAGUACAGGAAGAAGCGCUCGAGCUGCGUAAAAAUUCAGAGGUGGUACAGAAGUAUUACUCUGGGCAGGGUGGAAAGAAUCCGGUACCUGGCUGUCAAAAAUUCUGCUGUUGCAGUGCAGAAGAAUUGGAAAAUGAUUUUGACCAGAAGAGAUUACAGGAGCAAAAAGUCUGCUGUAUUAAAAAUCGAAUCAUGGUAUGAAAAUCUUAUCACUUCGCGAAGAGUGAGAAAACAGUACCUAAAAACAAAGGCAGCAGUUAAAACGAUCGAAACCUGUUGGCUCAGACUGAAACACGCAACGCAAACUAGAUCUCAAUACUUAAAAUUGAAGGAGACAGCUAUCACCGUUCAGCGGAGAUGGAGAGCUCAGAUAAUUAUGAAGGAAAAUCGCCAAAGGUAUCUGAAGAUGAAGCAAUCUGCAGUGAAAAUUCAAUCUUGGCGGAGAAUGUCUGUGGCACAGAAACGCUAUCGUGAAAUGAAGACUGCAGUGAAGACUAUCAAAGUUUGGCGUCAACGGUUGGUAAAAACGCGAGAAGUCAGAGCUCAAUAUUUGAAAAUGAAGGCAACAGCCAUUGUCGUUCAACAAAGAUGGAGAGCUCAAAUAGCUAUGAAGGAAAAUCGCCAAAGGUAUCUGAAGAUGAAGCAAUCCGCAGUGAAAAUUCAAUCUUGGCAGAGAAUGUCUGUGGCACAGAAACGCUAUCGUGAAAUGAAGACUGCAGUGAAGACUAUCGAAGUUUGGCGUCAACGGUUGGUAAAAACGCGAGAAGUCAGAGCUCGAUAUUUAAAAAUGAAGGCAACAGCCAUUGUCCUUCAACAAAAAUGGAGAGCUCAAAUAGCUAUGAAGGAAAAUCGCCAACGGUAUCUGAAAAUAAAGCAAUCUGCUGUAAAAGUUCAGUCUUGAUGGAGAGCGUUGAAAUGCGGAAGACAGACGCGGAAAAUUUUCGUAAAACAAAGGUCCUCUAUAAUCUUCGUGCAGAGAAAGUGGCGAGCGAUUAUUACCGCCAGAAAACAAGUCAAAGAGUAUAAAAGACAACGGAAUGCUGUGAUAAAAGUCCAAAACUUUUGGAAAUCGAUACUAAAAAUGAGGGAAUGUAAGAGAGAGUACGAGAAGCAAAAAAUGGCAUGUAUUGUGAUACAGAGAUGUUAUCGCGCAAGAAAUCUUGCGAUAAAAGCAAGGAAAGAUUAUCAACGUCAACUUUUAGCAAUAGUUACUGUCCAGAGAUGGUGGAAAAACAUUUUGCGUUUGAGAAUGUUGAAGGUCCUACGAGAAAAGCAAAAGUUAGCGGUUAUUUUGAUAGAAAAGUGGUGGCUUUACGUGCUUGAACAGCGACGGAUUCGCGAAAUUGAAAAAGCGAGGCUCUUACGUUGGCACAAUGCGUGUGUCAAAAUUCAAGCUGUUUGGAGAGGAUACAAAGUUCGUCAAGCUGCCAGCAAGAAAUUGUCGAUAUUACGUGAAAGAGCAAGAAGCGCAGCCAAGGCUGCUGUUCCAUCUGCCACUCUGGCCUCGCGAUUGCAAGAAAACAUUGAAAUUUUCAAAUUAGCUUCCAACAUAGGGCAACUGUCAGUUUGCUUAUCUUCUUUGGAUGUUAUUACUCAGUUAUCACCAAACGCAUGUAUAAAUGUUUGUAAGCUCAAGUUGGUAUCCAGAUUGUACGGAAUAUUGAAUCAAGCAAACAGAUCUAUACCUUGGCUAGAUAUAUGCUUGAAAGAUAUAAGCAUUUUAUUGACUUUAGCCAAAUUCGGCCCAACGAAGCUGUAUGUUCUAGAAGUGAGAAAUGUUGAGGUUCUAGCGAGAUUACUAAAUAUUUCAUCUGAUAAAAAAGAAGAUCUAUUUUUACAUACUGCAACGUUAAUCUGGGUUUUGACAGAAGAUGAAGACUAUGCUGAGGCUGUAAAACAAUGUUCCCGAACAAAAUAUUUAUUGAGCUCUCUUUACAUGUCGAUUAAUAAAAAAAUAACCAAAAGUACAUUGAACAUGUCGAAAUGCAAAGGAGAAAAUUCCAUGCCGAGUCUUAAACCUAAUUGGGGAUUGAAUCACAAGCGUCCGCGGGUCUUUGGUAAUGUUUCUCAAGCCAUUACGUCGAUUGCAUUACGUUUAAAUAUUUUAAACGUUUUCCCUCAAACUAAUGAAAUACAUCGUUCAUUUAAUUUUAGUAUGUAAACGUAUUUUUAAAUAACUGAUAAAAAGA